AUGCAAACCAUUGAUUUUAAUUUACAUUCGAGUGAGGGCUUUGGCGUAGCGGAGAAGAUCGUGCUGCUCACCUUCAUCUCCGCCGUUAUACUGAUGGCCAUCCUGGGGAACCUGCUGGUGAUGGUGGCUGUGUGCCGGGACAGGCAGCUCAGGAAAAUCAAGACCAAUUAUUUCAUUGUUUCCCUUGCCUUUGCGGACCUGCUGGUGUCAGUGCUGGUGAUGCCAUUUGGAGCCAUUGAGUUGGUUCAGGACAACUGGAUCUAUGGGGAGAUGUUCUGCCUGGUCCGGACAUCCCUCGAUGUCCUGCUCACCACAGCAUCAAUCCUGCACCUCUGCUGUAUUUCACUGGACAGGUACUAUGCUAUCUGCUGCCAGCCUCUGGUUUACAGGAACAAGAUGACUCCAUUGCGCAUUGCUGUAAUGCUUGGAGGGUGCUGGGUAAUCCCGACAUUUAUUUCUUUCCUCCCUAUCAUGCAAGGCUGGAACAGCAUUGGCAUCAUUGAUUUGAUUCAGCAAAGGCAGUUCAACAAGGCUUCCAACUCCACCUACUGCAUAUUCAUGGUCAACAAGCCAUACGCCAUUACCUGCUCCGUGGUGGCCUUCUACAUUCCCUUCCUCCUGAUGGUGCUGGCCUACUACCGCAUCUACAUCACAGCCAGGGAGCAUGCCCGGCAGAUCCGGGUGCUGCAGCGGGCAGGGGCCCCCACUGAUGGCCGGCAGCACCACCCGGACCAGCACAGCACACACCGCAUGAAGACUGAGACCAAAGCUGCCAAGACCCUGUGCAUCAUCAUGGGGUGCUUCUGCCUGUGCUGGGCCCCCUUCUUUAUCACAAACAUUGUGGACCCUUUCAUAAACUACACCGUGCCAGGGAAGCUAUGGACGGCUUUCCUGUGGCUGGGCUACAUCAAUUCAGGGUUGAACCCUUUCCUCUACGCCUUCCUGAACAAGUCUUUCAGACGUGCCUUCCUCAUCAUCCUGUGCUGUGGUGAUGAGCGAUACCGAAGGCCUUCCAUCCUGGGGCAGACAGUCCCGUGUUCCACCACCACAAUAAAUGGAUCGACUCAUGUACUAAGGUACACUGUUUUACAUAAUGGGCAUCAUCAGGAACAUGAGAAGCUUCCCAUCCACACUGACCCUGAAUCCCAAGAGUCCUGUUUCUAG